CGCUGAUUGGUUGACCGCUGAGGAAGGAUUCUGUCGUCCAUUGAUGGCAAAAACUCGGCGGAAGGAAGAAGUGAGAAUUGGUUCAGUGAAUUAUUUUGUGUCCGGGAUGCGAGCGGCUCCGCGCUGCGUCUGAUCUGCGGCAAUGCCACCGCGGAGGCCAUCGGUGUCGUAGCUGACGCGGCCCCUGGGCCCGAACCUUCACGCAAACGCAGGCUCUCCGAGGGUUGAGAUGUCAUCGUCAUCGGCGCCGCCCCCGGGGGCCGGAGGCGCUCGACGAGGACGAGGCGGGCAGCCCAAGCAGCACAUCUCGUCCAUCCUGUCCAAGCUACACGGCGCCUUUUCGGACGCGGUGACCGGCUCUGGUGGUCCUCAACACCGACUCGCCACUGACAAACGCACCCUGGACAAGACUUGGAAGCUGAUGGACAAGGUGGUUAAGUUGUGCCAGCAGCAGAAGAUGAACCUGAAAAAUUCGCCGCCGUUCAUCCUCGACAUUCUGCCAGAUACCUAUCAAAAACUGCGACUAAUAUACUCCAAAUACGAGGACAAAAUGCAUGUUUUGCAUGCCAACGAGCACUUCAACGUCUUCAUCUGCAACCUGAUGCGAAAAUGCAAGCAAGCUGUGAAACUGUUCAAGGAAGGCAAGGAGAAGAUGUUUGAUGAAAAUAGUCACUACAGAAGGAACUUGACCAAAUUGAGUCUCGUCUUCAGUCACAUGUUGUCCGAGCUCAAAGCAAUAUUCCCGAAUGGACUUUUUGCUGGGGACCAGUUCCGUAUUACAAAGUGUGAUGCUGCCGAUUUUUGGAGAAACAAUUUUGGAAACAGCACGCUGGUACCCUGGAAGCAUUUUCGAGCAACUCUGAACGAGGUGCAUCCUAUCAGCUCGGGCCUAGAGGCUAUGGCCCUUAAGUCUACCAUUGACCUCACCUGCAAUGAUCACAUCUCAAAUUUUGAGUUCGACGUGUUUACCAGACUUUUUCAACCUUGGACGAGUCUUUUGCGCAACUGGCAAAUCCUGGCAGUGACACACCCAGGCUAUGUUGCUUUCCUGACCUACGAUGAAGUGAAGGCGCGUCUGCAGAAGUACAUCAACAAGCCUGGUAGCUACGUCUUCCGACUAAGCUGCACCCGACUGGGCCAGUGGGCCAUUGGCUAUGUCACUGCCGACGGUGACAUUUUGCAGACCAUUCCACAAAACAAGUCUCUCUGCCAAGCGCUGCUUGACGGAUACAGAGAGGGAUUCUACCUGUUCCCUGAUGGCCGUAACACAAAUCCAGACCUGUCGUGGGCAGUGCAGCCAACUCCAGAGGACCACAUCAAAGUGACACAGGAGCAAUAUGAGCUGUACUGUGAAAUGGGGUCAACGUUCCAACUUUGCAAAAUUUGCGCCGAAAACGACAAGGAUGUGCGCAUCGAGCCCUGCGGCCAUUUACUCUGCACACCCUGCCUCACCUGCUGGCAGGACUCCGAGGGCCAGGGCUGUCCCUUCUGCAGAGCAGAAAUCAAGGGCACGGAGCAGAUAGUGGUGGACCCCUUUGAUCCAAAACGUCACAACCGCGCCUCGUCUACGGGGAACCUCGUCGACCUUGACGAAGACGACGAGGAUUUAGACACCUGGAGUUUGAGCAGUCCCAGCCUGCAGGCGCUCGCUCUUUCUCCUAGAACUGAGACGCCCACCGAUCACAGGAGGAGCGAAGGAAGUCCUUUACCAUCGCCAACGGAAUCUCCUUCUCAUCAGGCCUCUAAGCGACCAGUUCCACCUCCACCGCUACCUCCUCGUCGGAACUCACCUACCCACGGUGCUCUCAACAUUCUCACAAGUCCUUCAGCAGGCAUCAUGACAGUGCCGUUGGAGAACGCGCCUCCACCUCCAAUAGAGCAGCGGCCGUGCUCGUCUAGCAGUGGGAGCAAAGAGGAUGGGGUGGCGAAAAAGCCGCCGCCACCUGCUGUGCCAUCGGCGCUGCCCGUGGGAAAACCGGCCGCACCAACUCCCAUCCCCCGCCCCCGCACGCCUCAGACGUCGUCCCCUUCCUCGGCGGCGCCCUCAGGGGCUCCGACGCCUCUGAGCAGAAGUUCAAGUGAGCAUUUGGCUGUGGCUGCAGCAUCCAGCAAGAACGAGAGCGAUUCUUAUGAGCACCUGGCCGUGGCGGCCGAGCACAUUAACCAACUCAUCUCGGAGGGAUACACCGAGGAAGCUGUAGUGCGCGCCCUCGACAUCUCCAAAAACGACCUAGCCAUGGCCGGCAACAUUCUGCACCAGUUCGCCACCAAGCACCCUUGAAACCCAAACCGACGAGCGAGUACAAAAAACAAAAACUUUAUUUCUUGGCACACUCCUCAAUUGUUAAUUAAUUGUCUCUCAAAUGGCAAAGCUUAAACAUUUUGCACUCUUUGAGGCAAUUCAUUCAUUUCCCUUGUUCAAAACGCACUCGAAUUUUCUGGACACAUUUAAUAACUUUAUCAGCAUUGCAAAGACUUUUAAUUUAUUACCUGAUGCAAUUAAUUUCAAAGAGACACUUCUGUAUUUAGUCAAACUUGCAGCAUGAGUCUCUUGUUUUACUUAAUUUAACCUGGAAGGAAGCAUGUUCAAAGUGAACUUCACAUUUUCUGUCUCCUACCAUACUCGUACCACUUUCCUAUUGCUCAAGUCAUUAAAUCAAUGUUGUACCCCCGUCAAUCAACUCAGGCAAAGAACGGUUUAUUGCAUUUUAUCAGCAUGAAUGAAUUGCAACAAAGAUUGGGUCUUUCUAUAAGUUUUGCUGCAUUUUACAUUUUUACUUUUGCUUCCUUAGCGUGAUCUUUAUUUUAACUUAUUUUGUGCGCUUGAGACUCUCUGGUCAUUUAAUUUUAACCUCUAUUAUAUAGUUAGUUGAAAUAAGAAGAAGUAUCGCUGUGUUAAGUUUUCUCAGACAAAGGCAAUCACCAAAAAAAAAAAAGAAGACCGGCACUGGUGCGCGCGCGGUAACUGUGAAGAUAAACAAGAACAGAAAUUACGUGCACCAUCCUGUUAGUGUGGCAAAGAAGUAUAAAUAUUAAGUCUAAAUGAGUGAAUACCAAAGGACACACAAAUUACAAAAGCAAAUAAAAAGUCUAUUUUGACGGUCUACGUGUUUAAGAGCCUAAACUAUAAGAGUGAACAAGAAUUCAAAAGAAUUGCAUUUUAAUUGCUUAUUGAAAAAAAAUUAAAUUCGUUCAUUUCUUCCAUUAGAAUUAUUAGGAAAUGCAAUUAUUACCAUCAUCACUGCAAAAACCUAAUUACCAAUAUUAUUAUACUGCGCAUAGAGUAACGAAAAAAAUAUAUUUAUUCUCUCUAUUGAUGUAAUUUGAGAAAAUUAAAAAUAUCAAAUCAGCUUUG